AUGAAGGACCAGGGCCUCCAAACCCAGAAGCCCCACCCCCCAGUGAUGGAGCUGAUCCUGCGCCUGCAACAGCUCAUAGAUGAGUAUUCCAGGCAGCUGAAGAUCAGGCACCUACAGGAUGACCUGGAGCAGGAGAAGCAACAGCACAGUGAGGACACCAGGGAGCAGGAAGCCAUCCUCGUCCAAUUACUUGGUGAGGUGGCCAACCUGUUACAGGCUGGUGCCACAAGUAGCCUGGAGCUCCAACUGCCUCGCCUUUCCCUGGACUCAAGGGGUGGAGGUGGGCAGCAGGCCCAGUUGCCCAGGAAGCCUGACACGCUAAGUCACCAGCUGAGUGAUUCAAAAGCUGCAGUUGUCAGCUGUGACCUAUCCAACCGUGGGAUUGACAUCUCUGCCUCAUACAAGUCCAAAUUCAAGGACUUUAUAGCCUACCAAGGAGACAAAUACCAUGAGGACAAGAACACCUUGGGCUUCAUUAAUCUUGGCCUCAGUGAGAACAAGCUCUGCAUUGAUCUGCUGACUGAAAGGUUGAGUGGGAGUGACAUGAACUACAUUGAUGAUGACCUUCUGCAAUAUCCUGAUUGGAGUGGACAUGCAUUCCUGAGGGAAGAAGUAGCCCGGUUCCUGACCUACUACUGCAAGGCAUCUAAGCAGCUUGAUCCCGAAAAUGUGGCUGUUCUAAGUGGCUGCUGUGCUAUCUUCUCUGCAUUGACCUUCGUGCUAUGUAAUCCAGGCGAUGCCUUUCUGAUCGUCACCCCCUUCUAUUCUGGCUUCACGUUUACUUCCAGCCUAUAUGUGAAUGUUGAGCUGAUUUGUGUCCACCUGGACAAUGUAAAGUAUUUGUGUUCAUUGGGUUAUGUUUGGUUCUUUCAGGGGAAAAAGGUCAAAGGUCUCGUUCUCAUCAACCCCAAUAAUCCUCUGGGAGACAUCUACUCUCGGGACUCACUGAUGGAAUACCUGGAAUUUGCCAAGAGGUACAACCUACAUGUGAUUAUUGAUGAGAUAUACAUGGGGACUGUGUUUGAUGAAUCCAUCCCAUUCCACAGUGUUCUGAGCUUGGAAAGUUUGCCUGACCCCAACAGGACCCAUGUGAUCUGGGGCACCAGUAAGGAAUUUGGGAUCUCUGGCUUCCGUUUUGGCACUCUGUACACCCACAACAAGGAGGUGGUCUCUGCUGUUGGCGCUUUUGGCUUCCUCCACGGCAUCUCUGGCAUCACCCAGCAUAAGCUGUGUCGGCUGCUCCAGGACAGAGAAUGGAUUGACAACGUGUACCUGCCCACGAAUCGCUCCCGGAUGCAGGAAGCUCACAGGUACAUCACUAACAGAUUGAAGACAUUGAAGAUCCCUUUUCUCAAUCGUGGCUCUGGCCUCUAUAUCUGGGUCAACUUGAAAGAGUACCUGGACCCAUGCACAUUUGAGGAAGAGCAGCUCCUUUAUCGCCGCUUCCUGGACAACAAGCUCCUAUUGGCCCCUGGCAAGGCCUACAUGUGUAAGGAGCCUGGCUGGUUCCGCCUCACCUUUACGGAUAAGCCCCUCCGCCUGAAAGUCGCCAUGAACCGGUUCUCGCAGGCACUAUUGGAGCAGAAGCAGUAUUGUGUAGAGAAGCAAAUGAAGUGCUUACCUGGGGAAUAAAUGGUCCACCCUUCACCCCAGCCCCCCGCCCCGCUCCCACCCCCUAACCAGAAGCUCCAGCAAUCACAUGCUUAGAAUGUCCCUGACAUCAGCCUCUGGUAUAGUAUUGACUUGCUACUGUGACAGAGCAAACAGUGGGGCUCCAGGAAUGAGCUCAUCUGACCCCAUCCUCCUCCUUCCACUGAGCAUCUGUCAUUUCUGGGAGCUUUGAAAUAUUUAAUCUUUGUUAGUG